AUGGCUCUCCAGGACGUUCUGGGUACGAAUCGCCUCUCGCAGCCCCCCUGUUGGCCUUUGCCACCCCCCAGCAGGAUGAUGGUACCUCCACCCUUCUCACUCUCCCAUGGCACGACAACCCUGGCUUUCCGCUGCAGCCAUGGGGUGGUGGUGGCGGCGGAUACCCGCUCCUCCUGCGGAGGCCUCAUAUGCGACCCGGCCUCCCGUAAGGUCAUCACGCUCCAUCAGCAUCUGAUAGCGACCACGUCUGGGACCUCCGCGGACUGCGCCGCGUGGAUCCGUAUUCUGCGCUGCUCCCUGCGCCUGAGGCAACUCCACGAGGGGCAGCAGCCCAGUGUGGCCGGUGCAGCGAAGCUGUUGGCCCAACUGUUGCAUGGAUGCCACAGCAAGGAUAUCUGCGUGGCCACCCUGCUGUGCGGUUGGGACCGUACAGGGCCUAGCCUACAUUACGUGUACAGCGACGGUACUCAUCUCUCCGGGGAUGUCUUUUCGGUCGGCUCCGGAUCCCCCUACGCCUACGCCAUUGUGGAUGGGGCCUACCACUACGACCUGCCAGUCGCGGAGGCUUUCGCCCUAGCCCGCCAGGCUGUAGCUCACGCCGCCCGCCGAGAUGCCUACUCCGGAGGCAACGUUGACCUCUACCAUGUUCGGCAAAGCGGUUGGAUCUGUGUCUCGCGGGAAGAUGUGGGCCGAGUCUACCAAGUUUGGGGGGAAACGGCAGAAAAGGAGGGGGAUGGCGAAGAAGAGCAAUCUGGAAAAGAGUAG